AUGGCUUAUAUUGAGACCAAGGACCCCUUUGGCUUUGUAGGUUUGCAUGUUGUACGACGAAAUCAAGGACAGAAGAAAGAAGAGAGAGAAGAAGAAGAAGAAGAAGAGCAUGGAUGGCUUACAAGAUAUGAUGAAGCAUUGGAUUUUUAUACACUAUUUGUACCUGGUGGAGGAGAACCUCGUUCAUUGGCACGUGGUGAAGUGAUGAAAUUCCUAUCAGCACCUCAUAUUACACUCUAUGAUGAUGAUCAGGAUAAAUAUCCACCACCAAUAAAAGACACGACAACUAGUCGAUAUUUGGGUGUAAACUUACGUUUUCAUGGGAAAAAAGCAUCAAAAACAGAUGAAAAAUGGAUUGACCAAGACAAAAAGGGUCUUGUCAAGUGUUUCUUACCAUUUGCAGAUCAAUAUCUUGUGGAAUAUGAAGACGGAUCAACGGAAAAAGUCUCGGAAUCUGCUGUUAUUGAUGGGAUGAUUGCAUUGAUUAAGUCGCCAUUUUUCUCGUCACCUGAUCCGACGAAGAAAUGCAAUGGGGAUGCUCGAAUAUGGAAGAAUGAUGGAUAUGUGGAUAACGACAAGCUUGGACCAUUGUGUCGAAAACGACAACGGGUUGAGACUACUAGCAGCUUGGAUGUCCAGGAGAUUCCGUCUGGGUCUGUAGCUGUGGUAGAGGACAUGGUCGAUGAUGAUGAACAGGAUGAUGACGUUGUAUUUGUUGAUCAUAUGGAGGUAAUAGCUAAUACAGAUAGAGAGAUGGAGACCGAGAUGAAUAGUUUGGAUAUUACAAGUAGUGCAUCAGGUAGUAGUGCUACGCGAGAAAACUCGCUAGAGAUGGCGAGUCACCCAUUGAAGAAACCUAUGCAGGUUAAUAGAGACGAUGCGAUGAGCCAGGAUGAUGUUGUCAAGAUCCAAAGAUGCCACCAAAAAGAACUCAAUAACAAAGAGCUGGCGAUUGAUACAAUGCCGGUAGACACAGUGCAACAUGAGACGCAGAAAGAAGUGCCGUUUUAUAUCGUUGAUACGAAGCCGCAUGUGGCCGUAAAACCAUUGCCGAAACGCACCAUGGCAUUUGAGCUCCUACGAACAGCACUGCUAAACCUACUGGAUCGUCGCGAAGCUAGCGCCGUGAAGAUUGCUCUACAGUACGACUUGCUACGCAACUCUGAUGUACGAGACCGUGAUGCCGUGAUCCGAUUCAUGGACGCUGGCGGAUUACUUGUGCUCAAUCAUUUGCUGAACUUGUUUGCAACUGAAGUUCUUGACGAUGACGAUAUAGAAAACAAAGAGGACAGUAUUACUAAUUUAGUAGCAAAGAUGCGACAGCUGAUGGAGCGUGACGCCGAAUUGCUUUAUGUGUUGAAGCUCGUGGCUAUGCUUCCAACACCUUCACGAGACCAAGUCAUUGCAUCAAAUAUUGGUAAGACUAUCAAUUACUUGAGCAAAACACAUGGACCACCAGGGCGCCGACGUGCGUUGCCAAAAUGCAUCUCAGCUUUGGCGAAAUGGGUCAAGACUUCAUGGAUCAAGAAUAUACCUUCAGCUUCAAAGCCUGUGCCCAAGGCAUCUGUCCACACUCAGCAUCUACUUGAUCGACCUCAGCAACAAGCUCGGCGAGGAGGGCGUGGUGGAUCUUUUGGGCGUCGAAGUCUUCAAUGGAAGAGACGGCAGUUACCGCCAUCGCAUCGAUCUCAGCGUCAGGUCUCGUCAUCUUCGGAAAUGCUGGCCGGGCACCACGUGUCACAAGACAACACACUGAUCCCUAGGCUAUCACGUCCAAAGCAGGUCGCACAAUCACAACGAUCUGUAGCUGCACAUGCUCCGUCCCAAUUACCAGUUCCCCGUUGUGUGCGAGGUAAUUUGAAACCGGAUUGGAUGAGACAGAGGGAAAACCUUUCACGUUCUCGCUUUUGCAUCGACGACACCACAAACGUUGACACAAGGCUCUGCCAGGGCAGCCGAGUCCAACCUAUAAAAAAUGCGAUAGCACCGACGUCUCAAGCGCCCACAACACAGGACCAAAACCCGGACCAGCACGAAGACGCCGGCGGUCCAGAUGGAGUAUAUGGAAGAGCACAAAGGCUCCGCUUUGGCAAACGGUGGAGCAUUCAAAAAUUCAGGAGAAAGGACCCUCCUGGCGCCCUAAGACAACCCCUGGAAUCUUCGUACUCAGUGUCCUCUUACCGCCGUUCGGAAUAUUCAAACCAGCAUAUGGUGCAUGUGCCACCUGUACCGCAUCCGUCUCGUGAACCGCGAUCUAUCCUGCGGCGUGUCAGUCGGUACAAUGAUGAGCCUGUCAUAGAUGGCCCAGGCAGGUAA